UGUUUUUACGCUCGAUUGUUUUACUGUUUCGCAUGGAAUCACGAUCAUCAUCUCACAGUCAUUCCACCCAGCCCCCAUUCAGGCCUGUCUCGCACUCUCAACUAUCUUCGACUGUUUCGUCCCGGCGUCUCAGCGUCCUACCUGUCAACCUGUCGCUCCUCCAUCGACCUGUCAAGGGUCUGCUCCAGUACUCGUUGGCCGAGCUCCUUCGGCUCCGCUUCCAAUGGCUGGGCCCUCCUCCUGCUCUACACCGGCUCCCGGACAUCGUUCGCUUUCCUUCCCGGAAAUAUAUUCAUCGUGGGUCUCGUCGGGGCUUCUGCCUCAACCGAUCCAACACCAUCGUCUCCUUCUGGUCUUCCUCCCGUCGGCCAUCCAGAAACGCCGGCCGAUCCAUCGACCAUCGUGCGUUAGCCGGCUUGGCUAGGGCGGCUAACGGCCCCCGCAGCAGCGAGACUGCCGCCGUCAACUUCGGGCUACUUAACAUCCGUUCGCUUACUGGGAAGGGUAAUCUCAUUCAAGAUAUCCUCACGGACCGUAAGCUUGACAUUCUCUGCUUGAAUGAAACCUGGCAAACUCCCGGGGACUUCUCACAGUUGAACGAUUCCACUCCCCCGGGAUUUGUUUACAUUUCCAAGCCCCGCGAUUCUGGUCGCGGAGGAGUCUCGGUCACAACAGGGCUAAUCGCCAGCCUCGGAGCCCUUGGCAAAGUCACACUGAGGGAGGUCUUGCCACCAAACAAGGUGACCAUCAUGGAUCGGGAGAUGGCCAGCCAGUGA